UGCGUCAUCUGUCAUUUGAAGCUUCCGUGCUAAGGUUAUGUUUACAUUUCAUUUUUGUACAAAAAAUAAAUUCCCAAAUUCUAAAAUUACUUUACCACAGUUAUAAAACUUUGUUCUCACUUUUGGAUCAAUGGCCGGCCAAGGGCACCAGUUCCCCAGCAAUUUCCAAGCGAAUGCUGCCGGUAUGCGUUCAGGUUUCGGUGGAGGGCCUAUGGGGGCACAAAUGCAAACUAUGCCCAAUCAAUUAGCAGGUGUUAUGGGAGGCCCAAUGGGAAAUACUGGUGGUAUGGUGGGCAUGGGAAAUCAAAUGGUGCCACCCUAUGGGGCAAUGCAAAAUCAAAUGGGAAAUAUGGGGAUAGGACCUCAGGGUAUGGGUGUUGGUGUUGGUGGUAAUCCUGCAGCAAGCAUGGGACCUCAAGGAGUUCAGCAACCAGGCACAAUGCAAGCCAGUGCAGUGUCAGCACAGCCAACAGCUCCUCCCGCACAACCCUCAGUGAACCAACCGCCACAGAACAAGGAGUUCAACACAGCAUCGUUGUGCAAAUUUGGACAAGAGACCGUGCAAGACAUAGUAAGUCGAACGCAAGAUGUAUUUCAAACUUUAAAAGCUAUACAGCCACCGAAUGGAACACAGCACGGCGAGAACGCCAGCAACGAUAAGAAAGCGAAAAUGCAAGAACAACUCCGCACUAUUAGACUAUUGUUCAAGAGGCUUCGAUUGAUCUAUGAAAAAUGCAAUGAAACUUGUCAGGGCAUGGAAUACACGCACAUGGAAAGUCUAAUACCCUUAAAGGAUGAAGCCGAAAAUAAAACAUUGGACGAGCGUCGCAACACAGAGUCCUAUCGACUCGCCCUAGAAGAAAACACGGAAUUGACUGAACAAGUAGUGUUAAAAAACAAGCAGCUAAAAGAAGUUAUAACGAAUUUAAGGACCAUUAUAUGGGAGAUAAACGUGAUGUUGACAAUGCGCCGGUCGUGAAUUGUAUUCAUGGUUGUUUUAUUGCCUUAAUAGGCGGACGAGCGUACGCGCCUUCUGAUGGUGAGUAGUCAUCGUGGUUCAUGGACAUCGGCAAUUCCUAAAGGCUAUCACGAAUCGACUGAUGACAAAAAAUGUUAAGUAUUCCGAAAUAAAAAUUAAAAAAAAC